UGCAAUAAACUAUAUUUCAAUCUACAUACACAUCUACAAUCUGUAUAAACAUCGCUUGGCAAUGAAUAAUUCACAAGGAACCCAUAAUGAUGACCCGUUCGCCAUUCGAUAUGAUCAGUGAUUUCCGAUUUGUACAAGAAAGUGGACUUAACUUUUUGUUCACUUAUGUACACCGUAGAUGAGCUGCUUUGCCAUAAUGGAGUAUGCUUUUGAGGAACGAUGCGCGUUGGCCCACAAUGUGAAAUUAUUUAUCCCUUCUGUACUGCGAGCUGAAAAUACGACGCAGGAUAGAAGAGUUGAUCGCGCUAUUCUUUACCUUGGUGAUGAUCCUUGCCCUGAUGGUCAUUAUUUCCAGUGUCGUGGACUCUCAUUUCAGUCCCAUGCUGAAGAUUAUAGCGAUGAAGAUGGGCAUGAGUCAGUACAUAGCCGGGACUACGCUGGUCGCCUUGGGCAAUACCCUUCCGGAGGCAUUGGCAUACAUGAUGCCAGUGAGGUCCGAGGCCCCUAUGUACUCCAUAUCCAUUAGCAAUUCGUUGACUCUCAUCCUGGUAGGCGGCGGUAUGGUCUGGUACCUCAAACCCUUCAAGAUGAAUCCCCACACCAUGAGGGAUCUCCUCUAUCUGAUACUGUCGUGUGAAGUCCUGACUUUCUUAUUGUUACGUCCCAAAACAAUUACACCGAGAGAUGGAAUUUAUCUGAUCAUUUUGUACGUCCUUUACUUGAUUCUAAUCUUUACCGAUCUAAUCGGGCUGCGAUUGACCAUUAAUUCGCUACGAAGACAGAUUGAUGAAGCAUAUCAGAUGUCAGCAUCAGAGGAACGAAAUGACCAGAUAGGGAAAAUGGAGAACACUCUUAAGGAAUUGGAAAAAGAUCAUCGCAUAAGAAUUCAUCAACACGGGAAUAGACGACGAAGUGUCCCUUGGAGAAGCUCCAGCGAGAAUCCAUUGAAAGCUAGCCGGAGGAUUUCAUUGGGAUUCGCCACAUCCUAUCCAAAAGGACCAAAACCAGAAGUGGAUUUUGAGGCAACACGCACGGUACUGUAUUCGAGGAGUAAUUCGAGGAACCGAUUUCUCUUCUCAGAUUUUUUAGAGAACCUGAUGCCCAUAGAUUUGGAGCAAUGGGAAUUUGUCGGAUAUUUGCGGCGGCUCUUGAUGAUAUUAAAAUCACCUUUAAAACUCAUCUGUACAUUAUUUCUGCCUAUUGUGGACUACGAGAUCUACAGGCACGGCUGGUGCAAGCUGCUCAACUGCAUCCAGAUAAUCACUACCCCCUUAAUUGGGAUCACUCUAAUUCACUCAAUCAUGUCGAAUGAAUUCACUGGAUUUGUUAUUAUACCUCAAUUCGCAUAUGCCCAGUGGAGUCUUUGCAUGACAGUUCCCCUGGCUAUCAUUGUAUUUGUGCAUUCCCGAACCGAUAUACCACCCGUGUACCAUUCGAUGUUCCUUGGUUUGAAUGCCGGCGGUUGUCUGCUAAUAUUGGGGAUUUGUGCUGCCGAGCUGGAGAUCCUGUGCUGCAUUGCGGGACUGAUCGUCUACCUUUCCGAGGGCUUCGUCGCAGUCACCUUCCGAUCGAUGGCCGGUUCCAUCGAUGACACGAUUGUGGUUGUAUCUCUGGCCUUGGAGGGGUACGAACAACUGGCCCUGGGCGCUAUACUUGGUGCCCCCAUCUUUAAUACAUUGGUUAGCAUGGGAUUGGCUAUUCUGCUUCAGGAGACGGUCCGCCACGGCACUGCUUGGAUCUUUAUGUGGAUCCAAAAUAAAAUCAAAAGGACCUAUUUCCUAGCAGAAAACCCACCAAAAAACCAAACAACUAGGCAGUCAAUGUGCCGCCCAUGUGAUCUGAUAGCUCGGAGGUUCUUCCCCCAACGCCAAUUAAUGAUUAGUGGUAUUGUAAAUCAGUUUUAUAUGCCUCGAUAAGACCCCGUUCCAGUGGAUCGGUUUGGUAUAAAAGCACCGCAGCGGCGAAGGGCUUCUUCAUCAGAACCAUCACAGUCUACAGUCAUGGUGUCCAAAGU